AUCUCCUCAAAACCCUAACUUUUUCUCAUCCUCACAAAAACCCUAGCCCUUAUCUCUUGUUUUUUUUUUUCUCCUCCUCUUCCAAGAUCCAAUCUUUAAUGGCGAGAAAGAAAUCCUCAGCCAUUUCAACCAAACCCCGCGAAUCCGAGAGCCCCAGGGACCUCUCCCCUGAUAACAAAAAAAUGGACAACCUCAAAACCCUAAACCAGCUGCUCAUUCAAGAAACCACGGAGAAGCGGGUCCGGAUCGAUCAGCUCAAAGCCCAGAUCGAGGACGUCGAGGAGUCCCGGCCCUUUGUUUCGGAUCUCGAGCGAGAGGUCCGCAGGAUCGUGAUCGUGUCGGCGCUCGCUGACGCGGCGGGAAAGGCGAGAGCUUUGCAGGAAAGACUGGGGCUUUUGAGCGGAGAGAGGGAGGGGAUGAAGAAAGAGCUGGAGAGUGUUGCUUCGGAGAGGGGCUUGUUGAAGGAGGAGGUUGAGCUGAGGAAGAGUGAGGCUGGGGGUUUCGAGGCGAAAGUUAGGGUUUUGGAGAAGGAAAAUGUGGAGAUUAGGGAGAAAUUGGGGGAAAUGGAGGUUGAAAAAGAUGAAAUGGAGAGAAUAUUGACGAAGAAAGAGGAAGCCUUCGAGUGUCUGAGAGAGAUGAUGGAGGAUGUGGAGAAAGAGAAGGAGGAGAUCGGCGAAAAGCAGCGGGCGGAGAUUAAGUCGAUUAGGGAUGAAAUGGAAGAAAAAGUUAGAAGGAUCGAAUCGUUGGAAGAAGAGGGUCGUAGAGCUUUGGCGGUUAAAGAGAGAUUGGAAGGUGAUAUUAGGGUUUCAAAGGAUGAGCUUUGCAUGUUGAAGGGCAAAGAAGAAGGGUUGAGUGCUGAGAUUCUUGAGUUACAGGAGAAGAAUGGGGAAGCCCGUGAGGAGAUUGGUAAGUUGCGGGUGAGUCUUUGCAUCUUGGAGAAGGACGAGGAGGAGAAGAAGAAAGAGUUUGAGUUGAAGAUUCGAGUUGUUACCUCGGAGUUGGAAGAAUCGAAGAAGAAGAUAGAAGAGGUUUCACGAGAGAAGAAUAAGGCUUUGAAGGAGAAAGCUGAGCAAGAGAUGGAGAUUCUUGAAUUGAAGAGAGAGGUAGAAAAGCUUCAACUGAAUGUGCUAGAGCUUGAGAAGACAUGUGGAUAUUAUAGUGAAGAGAACACCCAGCUGCGUAGUGAGAACGAUGCAAUCAAGAAAAAGGUUGGUGUAUUGGAGGAGGAGGUUAAAGACAAGGAGGAGGAGGCUGAAGCAAAGAUUGGGGAGCUUACGAUGAAGUUGGACAGUUUGAGUUCGAAGAUCAGAGAGAUUUCAGUGGAGAAGGAUCAGUUUGAAAAUGUGAAAACAAAGCAAGAUGUGGAUAUUGUUAGAUUGAAGAAAGAAGUAGAAAACCUUGGCUUACAUGUUUCAGAUCUUGAGAAGAAGAGCAUUCAGCUUCAAGAUGAGAGAGAUACAGUUGAGAGGGAAUUAGGUGUUCAAAGAGAGGAAUCGAGAAGUUUUUUAUCGCAAGUUCGUGAGUUAAAGAAGAGCAAAGAUGAGUGUCUGAAAGAGCUCGAGGAGCUCAAGGCAUCAAUGGAUGCACUUGUCCUAGAGAAAGAAAAUGAGAAGUCUCUCAUGAUGAAGAAGAUGAAAGAUUCUGAGAUGGUUUCCGAUAAAGUUCUCUCGCUGCUGAAGACUACCACGGGGGCUGUACAUGGAGGUGAAAAUGCUCAAGAGAAUGGCUUUGUCGAUGAUGAUGAUGAGAGGAUUCGUCCAUUCGCAGAGGAGAUGGAGAGGAUUAAAGGAGCUUUUAAGAGCAGAGGAGAGAAGUUUGAAGAGAGUCCAUUCGCAGAGGAGAUGGAGAGGAUUAAAGGAGCUUUUAAGAGCAGAGGAGAGAAGUUUGAAGAGAUGAAUAGAGAGAUUGAGGUCUUGAAGAAGAACAAGAAGCAGCAGGGGUUGUUCAUGUGGUUGUAUCCGGCAACUACCGCUCUUGCUGCAAUCUCCUUUUAUGCAGCGAGGGGACGGUAAAUGUUUUGCUCUGCGUUUGGUAUUUUUAGAGAUAUUUGAGGAACCAAGGCAAAAGAGUAGGAUUAGUUGAGAGUUUUUCUUGUUGCUGAAAUGAUCAUUUCAUAUGUAAUCCAAUGUUUUGAUGCAAGGAUAAAAAGAACCUUUGUUGUUUCGUUCAUUA